GGCGGUGGGGCGGCCGCCCCCAAGGGCCAUUUGCUGCAGAAAGUGUCUGCGAUGCCCGUGAUUUCCAGCCCGGGCCGGAAGGGGCCGGAAAACCUUCAGCAAGAAGACGUGGAUCUUCCAAAAUCAUCCCAUGAUCUGGAGGCACACCAUAUACAGAAUCUUAUUCGUUUACUUGACUCUACGAAGGAUCCCACAAUUCAGGAGAAAGCCUUGAUUACAUUGAGCAACAGUGCUGCAUUCUCUGCCAAUCAGGAUAUCAUUCGAAAUUUAGGCGGGCUUAUCGUUGUUGGAAAAAUGCUUUCAGUUCCUGACACUAAGGUUAAAGAAAAAGCACUGAAUGCACUUAAUAACUUGAGUAUGAAUAUUAAAAAUCAAGAAGAGAUGAAGAUAUAUAUUACCAUAGUUUGUGAGGAAACAGAUUCAUCUCCCCUGAACUCUGAACUUCAGCUAGCUGGGCUUCGAUUUUUAACCAAUAUGUCUGUUACCAAUGACUAUCAUUACAUGAUGACAAGCUCCAUACCAUGCUUUCUUCAUAUGCUUUUGGAAGGAAAUGAAAGAACACAGGUUCAGGUUCUAAAAGUGCUUGUGAAUUUAUCAGCAAACCCAGCUAUGACGGAACAUCUCCUUAAUGCUCAGGCACCCUUCUUAUUAUCCCUGUUUGACACCUGCAUAAACAAAGAAGUUUUGCUCAGGGCCCUGGUGUUUGCUACAAACUUAACAAAACUUACGCACAAGGACAAGAGCAUUACUGCCCAUCAUCAUAGUGAAGGUUCAAUUUUUUCUGUACUCUGGGGGAAUACUACAGAGUGUGCUCAGAAACUAACAUCUUUGUUGUACCAUCAUGACACAGAAGUAAAAGAACAAGUGGCAGAACUGAUAAAGCAGCGGUGCUGAAACUGGAAAUCGUUAAAAGCCUCCAUUCAAAAUCAAAUUCCGGAUGCAAAAGCCUAAGCUGAUGCUUAUGAAUGUAGGACACACAAUAUAUAUGUAGACCUACAUGUUUGUGGAACAGGAAGAAAAGUAGUAGAACUUCUUGCAUGUAUGAAACUACUUUCAACCUUGAUGGAAAAGCAUUACAUGGUAGAAUACACAUGAA